GAGAGAUGAAGGCCUCUUUUGUGGAGGGAAAGGAGUUGAGGCAGGGGUUCAGGCUGGUAAGCGGGCAUACAAUCCCAGCCGUUGGUUUGGGGACAUGGAAGUCUGGCUCGGAUGCUACUCAAUCGGUUUUUACAUCCAUUGUUCAAUGUGGGUACCGACACGUGGACACAGCUGCUGAGUAUGGUGUUCAAGAAGAGGUAGGACAUGGAUUGAAGGCUGCAAUCCACGCAGGUGUUGAGAGGAGAGAUCUCUUCAUUACCUCAAAAAUCUGGUGCACGGAUCUUUCACCUGACCGGGUUCGAAAGGCUCUAAAUAAGACUCUAGAAGAACUACAACUUGAUUAUCUUGACCUCUACCUGAUUCAUUGGCCGUUCCACCUGAGGGAUGGCGCAACACGGCCUUCGAAGCCUUCGGAUAUUCUUGAGUUCGAUAUGGAAGGGGUGUGGGGAGAGAUGGAGCUGCUUGUUAGAGACAAGUUGGUUAGAGAUAUUGGAGUUUGCAACUAUACCGUGAGGAAACUUGAUAAACUUUUGAGGUUUGCCAAGAUCAUGCCUUCUGUAUGCCAGAUGGAGAUGCACCCCGGUUGGAGAAAUGAUAAAAUGCUGAAUGCUUGCAAGAAGAACAAGAUUCAUAUUACGGCGUACGCACCGUUGGGAUCGGGUGACUGGGAUCUUAUCCAUCAUCCAACAGUUCAGAAGGUUGCAAAUAAACUUAACAAGACUUCCGGGCAAGUAUUAGUGAGGUGGGCUAUUCAAAGACGUACUAGUGUCAUCCCGAAGUCGACACAUACAGAGAGGAUCAAAGAAAACAUUCAAGCAUUUGGAUGGGAGAUUCCUGAUAGAGACUUUGAAGAACUUUGUAGCAUUCUUGACCAGAGGAGGGUGAUCACUGGAGAGGAGUUGUUCGUGAAUAAGGAAGAAGGUCCCUUCAAAAGUGUAGAGGAGCUAUGGGAAUUCGAAGACUAGAAUAGACAAUCAGAUUUAUGCUGGUGCUUCUUGGCACUAGGGUUCGCUAGUUUUGACUUGUCCUGUAUAGAUGUGGUCCACAUUGUAGUAUUAAGGGCUCUCACCCGGUAAUGUGUUUUUCCAAGGUAAUGUGGAAGGAAUAAUGUACUUUUCCUAGGGAAUGGGGAAGGCCGUUUGUUCAACCACUUUAUCUGGUGAUAGCUAUGUUUGUAAUUGGGUAUUACAUUAACUAAUCAGAUCCAUUGGUGAAUUUUCCUUUGCA